CGGCGGCAUUCAUGCUCUCACCUACAUACACCAUGCGCAUAGCAAUUAGAAUGUGAUUGUUGAGUAUAAAUAAAAGUCACAGUCCUCGUCGUAGAUGGUUUCGGAAUACUACACGGAGUAAGGUCUGCUUUUCAAGGCCUUUGGUUGCGCCUGCGCUCGUAUUUAAAAACAACAGCGGGAAGCCCAUUCAAAGACGUGGGGAAUGUUGCUUGGCCAGUAACCAUCAAAUAUAUCCAGUAAUUGUUACCGGUAACUUUACGAGUGUUUAUACUGCGCUCACACGCUACGCGCAAGCAACGUUAAAGUUAAAAUGUGAUUUUGUUGUUAUGUGCACCGAGUAAUGGAAUAAACAAUAUGUUAAGUGAAAAUGCCAUUUGUGCAGCGAAUUAUUGAACCCAAGUAUUUAAGCAGAACCAGUUUAUUUACCGAGGAUGGUACACCCGUUGUUACAGAAAAUGAAUUGGUAGCCGUAACGAACAAUACGUUAAGCAAUGCACUUCGACAACUUGCAUCGUUGGUUCUUGUGGCCAAUGACAUCUUCACCGAGCUCGGUAUUCAAUUCAACGAGUCCAGCAAAAGGGCCGAAAAAAUCAAAAAAAGAAUCAACUUAUUGGAGGAAUGCAUAUCCAAGUUUGAUCCUAAGAAAGUUGCAGUCCGUGAAAUACUUGCAAAAGCGUUUACAAUCCGUUGUUGCAUAUUCAUAAGUGUGGUAGGUGGUUCGUUAAAAACAAUUCCCUUUACAUACCCCCACAAGAAAAAAUCAGGUAUUGUCAGAUCCGGAGAUCUAACAGGCCAUAUGGAGGGUCCAUUUCUACCAAUCCACUGGUUGGGGAAAAUGCCAUCAAGAUAUGCCCUCACGUCUCGUGAAAAAUGCGCAGGUGUCCCGUCUUGUUAA